ACACUCUUUCGAGAGUGUAACCUGAGUUCGCUCUAGUAUUAAGUCCAUUUUUUUCAUCAAAAAGUUUUUGUUCAUAGCCACAUCUGUGGCGGAACACUCAUCUUCGGAAGCAAGUAGGAGAGGCACAUCAGAUCGACCCGACGAGCUCAACGCCGUUGGAAGCGAAAAACAACCCAGUGAAGUCGUAUUAAUAGUUCGCGCCGCCGACAUCCACCGCCGCCCGCCCGCAUAGGAUGGUAGAAACUGACCCCGGGCCCAAGAAACCUCACAAUUGUGAUGUAAAAAGGGACCACCAGUUGAACGGACCAAGCUCCAAAGCAACUGAACUUGGUGUCAUUCCCUCGCUGAAGAAACCAGCAAAGGGAGACCCAGAGAAAGGAAGCUCUGAAAAAGCUGACUUUGAAAGGGCAAUCGAAUUAACUGGAUAUGGAAGGUUCCACUACCUGCUCCUGGCAGUAUGCGGUCUCGUCAGCACAUCCGAGGAGAUGGACGUCAUCUCCAUGUCCUUUAUCCUGCCGUCGGCACAGUGCGACUUAGACCUUACCACUCAGACUAAAGGAUGGCUGAACAGCAUUAUAUUCAUCGGCAUGAUGGUGGGCGCGUAUGCGUGGGGCUCCGUUGCGGACUCGCUGGGUCGCAAGCGUGUACUGAUCGCUAUCUCCAUCGUAAACGCACUCGCCAUCGUCGCAUCCUCCUUCAGUCAGAACUACGAACUGUUUAUGCUCUUCCGCUUCAUUAACGGUGCCGCACUUGGUGGUUCAGGUCCAGUCAUAUGGUCAUACUUCGCCGAGUUUCAGCCUAAAAAGAAGCGUGGUGCUAUGUUAAGUUUCAUGGCUGCUUUUUGGACACUUGGCAACUUGUUCGUGGCUGGUCUGGCAUGGGUCAUUAUUCCCAGUGAGAUCGGAGUUACAACCGGUGCCUUCGUUUACAACUCAUGGCGUAUCUUCUUGCUAGUGAUGUCAUUGCCCUCUUUUCUUGUGGCUGCUUUACUAUUCUUGCUUCCCGAAUCUCCCAAGUUCUUAAUAUCUACCGGUCGCCAAGAGGAAGCCUUAGAAGUAUUCCGAAGCAUCUACCUUAUGAACACCGGGCACAGCAAAGAUGAAUACCCAGUCAAACAGAUCAUCGUUGACGAUAUUAUGCACACCAAGCCAGAGAAGCAAAUUGAAGCCACAAAAGAGCCCAAAGAGCCCAAAUCUAAAAUCAGGAGAAUGUUGAGCGACAUCGUCGAACAUAGCAAACAGUUGUUCGUACCGCCCAUACUCAAGUUUACUAUGAUCUCUAUUACGAUCAACUUUACCUUCCAUAUCGGGUACUACGGGCUGAUGAUGUGGUUCCCGGAGAUGUUCAAUAGGUUUGAUGAGUGGUCGCGCACCCAUAACAACGCGGAGGCGGACAUCUGCCAGGUGACACGCUACGUGACACAGCAGGGCACGCACUCGGCGGCCGCGCAGUGUGACUCGCACAUACACUCCGACGUGUUCAUGGAAUCACUCAUCACAGUUGCCGCCGCCAUACCGUCCAAUAUAUUCGCCGUGCUCGGCAUGGACAGACUGGGAAGGAAGUUCUUCUUGGUGUUCGCAACGUUCUCUGCGGGCAUGUGCUCUGCGGCCAUGUACUUUGUGUACAAUAAGACGAACAACCUGAUUGUGAGCGCCAUCUUCAGUUCCGUCAUCUCAUGCGGCAAUGCUUCUCUCGACUGUCUCAUCACUGAAGUUUUCCCCACCAACUUGCGAGCCACGGGUGUAGCCGUAUCCAUGGUAGCUGCCCGUCUGGGCGGUAUCAUCGGUAAUGUCGUAAUUGCCGCACUACUGGAUACCUACUGCCCCGCGCCCACCUUCAUCGUGGCCGUCCUACUCGCCAGUGGCGGUCUCAUGUGCCUCUUCCUACCUAACACCACUAGACAAGCGCUGCAGUAAACCAAACUUUCACUGCAGACACCAUCUAUUGCUGCAGCCACCACCCGUCUAUCGCUGCGCUCACCACCACAGAAACGCUAAUUUUAGAGUCAACGCUGUAGAGAAUCUGCCUGCAGGACUGCAGUGGGACUCGGCAUCCGCGAUUGACGGCAAAGCCUGUACACGGAAUUUUUACUAUCAUAAAUUUCAACUGAAUUUUAAUUCAAUUCAGAAUUUUAGUUCCGCUUAAGAUCGCUAUAGUCAUCAUCGAAUAUCACCGAUGCUAUCUAGUACUUUGAUGUACAGUGCUGUAUUGAAAUAAUUUAUAGAAAACCAUUCCGGUAUACGUACUGAUGUAACGUUGGCUGUCAUAGAUCACUUUAAAUGUGUUUCGUCAAAUACAAAGUACACGAAACCUAGUUCCAUAUCUUUUUUUAGAAGUAUUAUAGAUUAAGCGUCAAUCAUUAUUUUCAUAUUACGAAUUUAUAAAUUAGAAUUGUUACCGUAGUCUGUAGUAUUAGCAUGUAGUGAAGAUAUUAAACUGCGAGUUGUGAUAAGAUCAAAUGAUUUUGAUCACUGU